AUGUGUUCCAUUGAACUAGAAUUCUCAUCUGGUACUAUUGAUCUCUCGAACAACAAACUAUCUGGGGGUAUACCUACUAGUCUAGGGAAUUGUAGUAGUCUUAUGUCGCAAAAUCUUGGAACCAACAAUCUCACUGGAAGUGUUCCAAAGGAGCUUGGAGCAGUACCACUGUUGUGUCUUCUUUUAAAUGACAACAAACUGGAGGGAACUUUUCUUAUUUUUGUCAUUCAAUUUCAAUACUUGGAAGUUCUAAACCUAGCUAAUAACAACUUCGAAGGCGGUAUUGCAUUUGGUUCACUAAUUUCCCUUAGAAUCCUCUCUUUAAGGUCAAAUAAAUUCAAUGGGUCAAUUCCUGAAGAGAUUAUUCAUUUCUCUAAACUGCAAAUAUUAGACUUGUCAAGAAACUAUUUUAGUGGGCAACUCCCAAGGAAAAUAGGGAGCUUGGAGAUGCUAACAAGUAGACCUAAUGGAACAAUUCUGAUUCCUUACAGUGGUGAUGUGGAACUGGAGAUAGUGAUCAAAGGGAUUACAAUACAGAUUGAGAAGUUAUAUGAUUACAGUUCCGGAAUUGAUCUAUCUUGCAAUAUUCUUGAAGGGAGCAUCCCAGAAGAGAUAAGUCUACUUAAAGGGCUUUCUAUGCUUAAUCUGUCACAUAAUGGCUUCUCUGGUAGAAUCCCGAGGAGUGUCGGAAACUUGACAGGCUUAGACUCCUUGGAUUUGAGUUUCAACAAAUUGCUUGGACAAAUACCAGAGUCUUUGGCAUCACUAGAUUCUCUUGGGGUGUUGAACUUGUCUCAUAAUAACUUGAGUGGAAGGAUUCCAAGAGGACUUCACUUGGAUACACUAAGUGGAGACUCGUAG